AUGAAGGCCUCGCCGCUGCUCAUCUCAUGGCAUAACGACAAUGCCCCCAUAUAUUCUGUGCAUUUCGACCCCAAUGGCAAGGGUCGCCUAGCGACGGCUGGAAAUGAUAACAACGUCCGACUAUGGAGAGUCGAAUCCACUGGCGAAGAACGCAAGGUCAACUACCUGAGUACACUGGUGAAGCAUACACAGGCUGUCAAUGUGGUCCGGUUCAGUCCAAAAGGUGAGAUGCUGGCAUCUGCUGGAGAUGACGGCAAUGUCUUGCUUUGGGUGCCAUCCGAGCUGCAAAUACAACCCGGCCUGGGAGAGGACCGGUCGGACGAUCAAGAGACCUGGCGCGUGAAGCACAUGUGCCGCUCGUCCGGUGCGGAGAUCUACGACUUGGCCUGGUCCCCCGAUGGGGUCUUCAUCAUGACAGGGAGCAUGGACAAUAUCGCACGGAUCUACAAUGCUCAAACCGGGCAAAUGGUGCGACAGAUCGCAGAGCACUCUCACUACGUCCAAGGCGUAGCGUGGGAUCCGCUCAAUGAGUUUGUCGCUACUCAGUCGUCCGAUCGAUCGGUUCACAUUUAUAGCUUGAAGACCAAGGAUGGCCAGUUCACCUUGACGCCGCAUGGCAAGGUCCUUAAGAUGGAUCUGCCAGCGAGACGUAUAGCCUCCAGCAGUCCUGCUCCCCCAGAACCCAUUAACAGACCGCAACACAGCGCAAGCAAUUCAAUGGCAAUUGCCUCGCCUGCCCCUUCAACUCCGGGUACCCCAAUGGCAUCCAACCUGCCAAUGGACCCUCCUCCAGUCUCUCACAGCCGACGCUCGUCGUUCGGCUCAUCUCCAUCUAUUCGACGCUCUGCAUCCCCCGCUCCAUCAUUGCCAUUGCCCGCAGUGAAGCCCCUGGAAAUUUCGUCGCCGAGCGUCCUUGGUGGACUGGGAGUGAAGAAUGCCAGCAUCUACGCUAACGAGACCUUCACGUCCUUCUUCCGACGACUGACGUUUGCACCUGAUGGAAGCCUGUUGUUCACGCCCGCCGGUCAAUUCAAGACCACCAACGUCUCUGCUACUGAUCCUUUGAAGACCACAGACGAAAUCAUCAACACGGUCUACGUGUAUACUCGGGCAGGCUUCAACAAACCACCAAUCUCCCACCUUCCGGGCCAUAAGAAACCAUCGGUAGCUGUCAAGUGCUCUCCGGUCUUCUACACACUCAAGCAGGGUGACCAGCCUGCGAAGCACAUAACUCUUGAUACAUCCUCUGCAGGGGAGAUGUUCCCUCCUUUGCCGGACCCCGUGGUGUCAAAUGCCUCAUCUGCAAGCCAGCCACCUAUGGUGCCGCCUUCUUCUACCCCAACAGGCGACUCUUCGAAGCCUCAGGCAUCUCCGAAGACUGUUGAUAAUGCUAGCGAUGCUCAGAGCUCAGCACCGCCUGUCUUCGCGCUUCCUUAUCGAAUUGUCUAUGGUGUGGCCACGCAGGAUGCCGUACUGGUCUAUGACACACAGCAACAGACCCCUCUAUGUGUCGUGAGCAACUUACAUUUCGCUACAUUCACCGACUUGUCUUGGUCCAACGAUGGCUUGACAUUGGUCAUGAGCUCCUCGGACGGAUUCUGCUCUACGCUUUCCUUCGCUCCCGGCGAGCUGGGACAGCCCUACACAGGACCGACUGGACCUACCAGCAUGGCUGGCUUGGCCAAUUCGACAAUCGCUACCCCUCUCCCGACACCGACACAAGUUCCUCCGUCCCCCGUUAAAUCGACCCAUGCUCCAACAAACAGCGGUGGCUCAGCACCUAGCUCAUCCCAGGCGCCGCCGGCCAGCCCGGCACGCUCCAACUCCGCCUCCUCUGUCAUGACCCAGUCGUCAAACCAACAAAGCGUUGUGAACAAUCCAACGCCAACUCUCGGCUCUGUACCGCUGGUAACAGCAACACACUCCGCACAGCCCUCGGCACUCCCACUAACCACACCGCCGCAAACCCCAUUGUCAACAGUCUCGCAGGGCGGUGCAGGCACAACCGCCAGCGUACUUGGCAAACGCGAUGCGCGAACCACCAGCGAGUCCGAAAAGGAAGGAAGCAAGGGUCCGGAAACCACACCGACCCAGCAACCAAAGAAGCGUCGGAUUGCGCCAACUCUUAUCUCAGCCGGCACCGAUUCGCCCUCCUCGCACCACCCUGGCAAUGCAGGCGCUAGCUCAUAA